AUGUUUAUUGAUUAACCUUUUAAAAUUGGAUUGGCUUUUUACUAAUCAAAUAUAAAUGUUGAAAACUCAGAAUAAGCUGGGCUUAAAAGUUGAAUAUUUUUAAUAAAAGAAUUUUUAUGUUUUCAGCAUAAGUUAUAGCUACCAUUAUAUAUUAGUUAUUAGAGUAGCAUAAACAAUAAUUUGGAGUCUCCGAUGA